AUGUCGACCAAACCUCGCAGCGAUUCAAACACCUCCACCUCCUCCAUCAACAACGAUCCUUCCUCGCACAUCACCUCGUCCGUUUUUCGUUCCUUGCCCUCGUACAAAUCCGAUCAGUACGACGACCUCUCGCACGGAUCCACUUCGAAAGCUCGACACUGGCCCGGAACCAAGAAGAACCCGGGCGAGGGUCGUUCUCACUUCGAAUGCAGAGUCACCUCUGCCGACCAGGUCAACGCGAGCAAGGAGGAGAAAAAGGUCAGCGUCAAGAAGAAUAAGGAUCUUCCGACAAGGAUGAAGAAGAACCACAGACCCGAUCAGGCCAGGAAGGUGUUGGAGGCCGGAGAGCGAGAGUAG